AUGACGCGGGUGAAACGCGCGCGCGAUAUCGAGCCGACGCGCGACGACGAAGGCUCCGACGACCACCUCGAGAACGCGUCCGACGACGAGACCGCGCGCGACGGCGACCGCGCGGCCGACGGCGCGCCGCGCGCGGACCCGGAAGACGUCGAGCUCGCGCGCAAGCGCGCGAGAGCGGAGGAGAAGCGCGCGUAUCGCAACCUCGAGAGGCUCGAGGCCCUCAUCGAGGAGCGCGUGAAGACCCUCGCGGAGCGCGAGGCGGAGCUCGUGGCGGUCGUGAACACCACGGAGACGCACAUCGCGGAGAAGUACGCGGCGCAUCGCGCGAGGGUGGAGCGCGACGUCGAGAUCACGAAGGGCGCGACGCAGACGCAAAAGAAGCGCGUCGUGCUGAACGUCGGCGGCGCGCGGUUCGAGACGAGCCUGGACACGCUGCGGAACGUCCCGGGCUCGUUCCUCGCCGCGAUGUUCAGCGGCGAGUACAGCAUGGCCCCGAGCGACGAGGACGGGUCGUACUUUAUCGACCGCGACGGGACGCACUUCAGGCACGUGCUCAAUUUCCACCGCGCGUUCCAUGAGUUCGCGCUGGAUCCGGACCUCACCCGCGGGCAGCUCGCGGAACUCGCGGAGGAGGCGAAGUACUACGGGAUCUUGGAGCAGAUGAUGCCGGCGUACGCGGAGAGGAGGGCGCGCGUCGAGCGAGGCGCCGGCGCCGGCGCCGGCGCCGGCGGGAAGAGACGCGGCGCGAAGGGCGCGAAGGGCGCGAGGGCGCAUUCGCGCGGCGCGGCGGCGACGGCGAUUCCGGGGGUGAGUCCCGACUCGUCCUCCGACGACGACGCCGACGCCGCCGCCGAGGACUCCGACGACGCGCGCGACGGUGAGGUGGAUCUCCCUCCCCGGGAGCUGCUGACGUGGAAAUAUGUCCCGUGCGAGCCGCCGUUCGAGCCGGGGGAGUUGGACGCGCGCGGACGGCCGCUGUCGAAGUGGCACUGCCAGGAGCUCCCGUGGCGGGGAGGGGAGAACGACCGCGGGUGCGCGUCCGCCAUCUUAUUACCCGUGUUUUGCAUUCCUUUCCUCAAAAGUACAGCCACGUAUGCGCCGCUGUCCACGCUGAAGCGCGUGUUGAAAGGCAAGUUCCCGCGGCACCCGCACUUGGUAAACGCGCACGAGCUCUUCGCGCCGUUCACGAACAAGUGGACGUACUCGAAGAAGAUGGAGUGGGCCAAGCUCCGGAAGGGCGAGACGCGGUUCAACGUCUAA